AUGGGAGCAUCUGCCCUGGUCUUCGCUGGCUCUGGAGGGUUUUCUAAGUCCCCAUAUUUCCGAGAAUCUCCUUGGUGUAACUCUACCGACGAGCCUUCUGAGAAGGAUGCCCUGCAGCCAGGCCGGAACCUGGUGGCGGCUGGCUAUGCCCUCUAUGGCAGUGCCACCAUGCUGGUGCUGGCCAUGGCCUGUGGGGUCAACUGCUUCAUGCUGGACCCGGCCAUUGGAGAGUUCAUUUUGGUGGACAAGGAUGUGAAGAUCAAAAAGAAAGGGAACAUCUACAGCCUCAAUGAGGGCUACGCCAAGGACUUCGACCCUGCGGUCACCGAGUAUGUGCAGAGGAAGAAGUUCCCCCCGGAUAACUCAGCCCCCUACGGCUCCAGGUACGUGGGCUCCAUGGUGGCUGAUGUCCACCGCACCCUGGUCUACGGAGGGAUCUUCCUGUACCCGGCUAACAAGAAGAGCCCCAAGGGAAAGUUGAGACUACUGUACGAAUGUAACCCAAUGGCCUAUGUCAUCGAGAAGGCGGGAGGAUUGGCUACCACUGGGAAGGAAGCUAUACUGGACAUCGUUCCCACUGACAUCCACCAGAGGGCGCCAGUCAUCUUGGGGUCCCCGGAAGACGUGACUGAGUUCUUGGAGAUAUAUAAGAAGCAUGCUGCCAAAUGAAGAGCUGACCUUGCCUGCCCCCCGUCCCCGCGCCCCGCCCAAAAAAUUGCCUUUUAUCUGGACUUUUAUCUGACACGGCGCUACCCCAUUCUGACUGCAUUAUACAUUCCUAGGCAGCAGAAA